UCACAUUUUAUCUAUUCAUAUCAUUCUAUACCGUGAAGCAACAACUGUUGCUGAGUUUAGUAUUUUUUAACCAAACGUUAAUAAAUAUUUAUUUUGAAAAAUGUAAAAUUUGUUGCAAGACUGAACAAAUUAUUUACUAAUUUAUCAACUACCGAAACCUAAUAGCAAAAUCCAUUCUCAUAAUUUGAUUUCAGGUUAAAAAUGUCGAUACUUCAGUAAUUUUUUCGGAGAACUGUUAUUAAAAUUUUUGGUUAAUCAUUUUUAAUAUGACCAAAAUUAGUGGAGUUCUCUAUAACAGUAAUGGAAAGCGUAGCAGAACUGAUGAUGAUUGUAGAAUUACAAAACGUAUGAAAAUUUCACAUGAUUUUAAAAAUUUUGUUAUAUCUUCUAAUAAUGGAAAAAAUAAACAGAAUGGAAAACUAUGCAAUAACUCAACAUUAAAUCAUGAUAGCACAAAUAAUUAUUCAGAAUCAGAUGAAAAAUUUAUGAAAUUGAUACAUGAAGAUAAUUCAAAUACUAAAAGUUAUAAAUCAAUGUCAUGUUUAAAAACAACGAAUAAUGAAGUUAUAGUGAAUAAUUGUUUAGAAGCAAAUAAGAAAUUAUCAAUAAAUAAAACUAAUACUACAUCUGUUUCAAAGAUAAUUAGUAAUCACAUCAAUACCUAUAAUAAUUUUAGUAUGUGUGAGAAAAACAAACAAUCCUAUUUUAACAACAAUGAUCCAGUCAGGAAAUAUGUAUCGUCAUCAGAAAACAAUAUUGAAUGUAUAAUAAUUGGGAGUGAUGAAGAAAUUGAAAAAAAAAAUAGUUCUAUUAAAAUUUCUUAUAAUAAUAUCACUUUUGAGUAUUCUAAAGAGAAUUGGCCUUCUGUAUUGAAAAUGAUGCAGGACCCUAUAUCUGGUGUUAAGAUUUUUGAAAGUAUUUUAACACAAAAAGUAGCUGGUCAACUAGUUAAUAAUAGUGUUUUGGGUAAGCAACGAUAUAUGAUAGAAAAGUUAAAAAAACGGGAGAGACUUUGGAUGGAAAGAUAUAAACAAUUACAAAUUCAAUUGUCUGAAAUCAAAACAGAAGUUUUGGAAGACAAAAAAAGAUUCAGUAAAUUAAAACAUUAUAAAAGAACAAUUCAUACUAGUGUUGGUAUUCAGGCUAAUUUUGACAAGGAUUUAAAAACUCUUGCGGAAGUAUCAACAAAUAAUAUAUCUUCUGAAAAAAAUCCUUUAUCAAAUUUAAAAUUAUGUAAUAGUAGUGAUUCUUUGGACAUUGUUAAUAACUCUGAAAAAAAUGUAGGUCAUGAACAAGUGAUAAUUAAGCCACUGAAGAUGUAUGAUUCUGUAUUAAUCAAUAAAUCUAUUCCUCCACUUACUCAUAUCUCGCAUACAAAUAUCUUAGAAUCAACAUCUCAAUUUAAUAUAUUAAAGCCAAAAUUAAUCCAGAAUACUGAUAGAAGUACAACUUUAGAAAAUCAAAAUUUAAACUUUGAGUCUUCCAAUCUAGAAGACAAUAAUAACAUAGAAACAAAUAUAGUUACAACUGAUUUACAAAUACACGAACAAAAAGCUUCAAGUUAUAGUUCUAAUAAAGAUGCACAAGAAGAGCCAUUUUGUACUACUGAAAAUAUUACAUCUAUGCUUAAUAAUGAUGUCAAAAAUGUGAAAGAAACCUAUUAUAAGUUGAAACCUGUACCUUUAGCUAUUCCUUUACCAGUUGCAGUAACUCUAUCAACUCCAACAAAAAAUGAUUCUAUUAUAAUUUCAUCGUUGAAUAAACCAUCACAUGUAUCUCCAGAAAAAUUAUGUUGUCAACUGCCACCAAUGCCUAUUAUCACUCUGAGGAUUACAAAAAAUUAUGGACAUCCAGGUGUAAUUUUGUUAUGGGAUUUGGAUAGUUCUCAGAUAACUUCAAAAAUUAUUAGUUAUGAAAUUUAUAGUUAUGAAUUAUUGGAGAAUGCAAAGAAACCAAAACAGUGGAUGCGUAUAGGGGAAGUUAAUGCAUUACCAUUACCAAUGACCUGUACUUUAAAUCUCACAGUAAAGGUAAACGUUACUACUUUUCAGUUCGAGCAAAAGAUAUCCAUGGCAAUUUUGGGCCGUUUAGCCAACCAGAAUGUGCUGUGACACCUUAAUAGUAAAUUUACUAUGGAUUUUAAUUAUUAAAUAUUGUGACUUAUAUUUUCUAUAUUAUAAUUUGAAAUUUAUUUUUAAGAAGUUACCUCAGUAACAAAAUAAUACUUUUACUUGUUUAGAAGAUUUUUUUAUUAUUAUCUAUUUAUUAUUAAUUUGAAUAUUAAGUUAUAAUUACAUGUUAUAUUUAUUAAUACCGGUAAUUACUUCAUUUUUAAUAUGUUUACACUUAAAAGUACAAACUAUUAUUUUGCUUUAA